CAAACAACCGCCUUACCCCAGAUAGUAUAUCAAAAUGGUCACCACAACUGCAAUCCCCCUCAUCAUCCACGGCAAAGAUAUCCUUCUCUCCAACAAUGACCGCAAACACCCCAUCACCUCUAAAUCCGCACCACACCUAAAAUCUUUCCAAGGCGCAACCUCCGAUCUCGCCGUUCAAGCCGUUGAAUCCUGCGCAAGUGCCUUUCCGACAUGGUCGCAAACACCUCCCGAGGAACGUCGACGUCUGCUUCUCAAUCUGGCCAGGCUCCUCCGCGAAAAAUCCAGCACAAUCCAAACUCUCAUCAAAGAUGAAAUUCACUGCACACCACUCUGGUCCCAGCUCAACGUCGAAAUAGCAGCCGGCAUUGUCGAGGAGACUGCAUCAGUAAUAACAGACGCUAUUAGCGGCACGAUCCCUUCAUCGCAGGGAAAUACGUACGCGCUUGUCAUGAAGAAGCCGCUCGGUGUGGUGCUGGGCAUCGCGCCGUGGAACGCACCGGUGAUUUUGGGAUUGAGAUCGGUGAUUCCGGUAAUUGCGGCGGGUAAUACAGCGAUUCUGAAGGGAUCCGAAUUGAGUCCCCAAACGCAUUACUUUCUCGCUGCGCUGUUCAGAGAGGCAGGGUUCCCGCCCGGUGUGGUGAACUUUGUUCUCCAUCGGCCGCAGGACGCAGCGGAGAUCUACGAGUGUAUGAUCCAGCAUCCAGCUGUGAAGAAGUGCAAUUUCACGGGGUCGACGCAGGUGGGACGUGUGAUUGCGUCCAAGGCGGCGAUGGCGUUGAAGCCAGUGCUGUUGGAGUUGGGUGGUAAGAAUCCCGUCGUGGUAUUGGAGGAUGCGGAUCUGAAUCAGGCGGCGGAUGAAAUUAUUGCGGCGGGUUAUUUGAACAAUGGCCAGAUUUGCAUGUCGACUGAUCUCGUCUACGUUGUUCAGUCCGUGGCGAAGGAGUUGACCAAGAAGAUCUUAGAGCGCUUGCACAGCGAAGAUCGGCCACACAAGGUUAUCUCGGCGGCGGGUCGAGCUCGUCUUACGCAGUUGGUGGAGGAUGCAAGGUCCAAGGGUGCUGUCAUUCACCAGGCUCGCAACCCUCUCGCUGAGGAUCCCUUGGCUUUCCCAGCUACGGUGAUUGAAGGUGUCACGGAAGAAAUGGAGUUCUAUACAAUUGAGUCGUUUGGCCCGGUAUUUGGCAUCAUUGCUGUUGAAUCAGCAGAACAGGGUCUGCAGAUGGUUAAGCGGUCCGCGUACGGCCUAUCGUCGGCGGUGUUUACGCGGGACCAUUUCAAGGCUCUGGGGAUGUCUGCAGAUAUUGCCGUCGGAGCGGUCCAUAUCAACGGAGGCACGGUGCAUGAUGAGCCGACGUUACCGCACGGAGGAGUGGGAGACAGUGGAUAUGGUCGGUUUGGAGGAAAAUGGGGUUUGAAUGAGUUUUUACAGACGCAGACUGUGAUUUUGAAUCGGGUUCGGGCUUCCUUGUAAUGCCGAAAGUGGGAUAUCCGGUUGGUUCGCAUAAAAGAC